GCCUGCCUGCCCUGCUGCUUGCGACCCACCCAGAACAACUUCCACCAUGGCCACCUCUGCGAGUUCCCACUUGAACAAAGGCAUCAAGCAGGUGUACAUGUCCCUGCCUCAGGGCGAGAAAGUGCAAGCUAUGUAUAUUUGGAUUGACGGGACUGGAGAAGGAUUACGUUGCAAGACCCGGACCUUGGACAGUGAGCCCAAGGGUGUUGAAGAGUUGCCUGAAUGGAAUUUUGAUGGCUCUAGCACCUCAAUGUAUCUUGUCCCUGCUGCCAUGUUUCGUGACCCUUUCUGCAAAGACCCCAACAAGCUGGUAUUCUGUGAAGUCUUCAAAUACAACAGAAAGCCUGCAGAAACCAAUUUAAGGCAUACCUGUAAACGGAUAAUGGACAUGGUGAGCAACCAGCACCCCUGGUUUGGAAUGGAGCAGGAAUAUACUCUCAUGGGCACAGAUGGGCACCCUUUUGGUUGGCCUUCCAAUGGCUUCCCUGGGCCCCAAGGUCCGUACUACUGUGGUGUGGGAGUGGACAAAGCCUAUGGCAGGGAUAUCGUGGAGGCUCACUACCGGUCCUGCUUGUACGCUGGCAUCAGGAUUGCUGGGACAAACGCUGAGGUCAUGCCUGCCCAGUGGGAAUUCCAGAUAGGACCCUGUGAAGGAAUCAACAUGGGAGAUCAUCUCUGGGUGGCCCGUUUCAUCUUGCAUCAUGUAUGUGAAGACUUCAGAGUGAUAGCAACCUUUGAUCUUAAGCCCAUUCCCGGAAACUGGAAUGGUGCAGGCUGCCACACCAACUUCAGCACCAAGGCCAUGCGAGAGGAGAAUGGUCUAAAGUACAUUGAGGAGUCCAUUGAGAAACUGAGCAAGUGGCACCAGUACCACAUCUGAGCCUACGAUCCCAAGGGAGGCCUGGAUAAUGCCUGGCGCCUAACUGGAUUCCAUGAGACAUCCAACAUCAAUGACUUUUCUGCCGGCGUGGCCAACCAUGGUGCUAGCAUCCGCAUUCCCCGGACUGUCGGCCAGGAGAAGAAGGGUUACUUUGAAGACCGUCACCCUUCUGCCAACUGCGACCCCUUUUCGGUGACAGAAGCCCUCAUCUGCACAUGUCUUCUCAACGAAACUGGCAAUGAACACUUCCAGUACAAAAACUAAGCGGACUAGACUUGC